AUGGACCAACUUAUGAUGUUCCUGAGGCAGCACAAGGGCCAGAUCAUGCGCUAUGCCCGUAUGAUCAUGAACAAGCUCCGUAACAAACAAGGUGGCGGCAUGGGCGGCGGCAUGGGCGGCUCUGGUAUGGGCGGCGGCAUGGGCGGCUCGUCCAUGGGCGGCGGCAUGGGCGGCAUGGGCGGCAGCAGCAUGAUGUCCCAAGGCGGCGGCAUGGGUGGCGGUAUGGGCCACCAAGGCAUGGGCAUGGGCGGCGCCGGUAUGGGCGGCGGCAUGGGCAGCGGCGGUGCCGGCGGCCUCGGCGGCAUGCUCGACAAUGUCAUGGGCGGCGGCUCCAGCGGAAUGGGCGGUCACCAUGGCGGCAUGGGUGGCGGCAUGGGUGGCGGCCACCACGGCGGCAUGGGCGGCGGCAUGAACUCGUCCAUGGGCGGCAUGGGCGGCUCCGGCAUGGGCGGCUCCGGCAUGGGCGGCUCCGGCAUGGGCGGCAUGGGCGGCUCUGGCAUGGGCGGCGGCAUGGGCGGCUCGUCCAUGGGUGGUGGCAUGAUGUCCCAGGGUGGCGGUAUGGGCGGCGGCAUGGGUGGCGGCAUGGGCGGCGGUCGCUACUAA